AUGGCUGCCUUUUCACGUCUGGUCCGAUUCAGCAAUCCGGCUGGACAGAUCUUUUACGGCGAAGUGCCGGGGGUCGACUUCGUCACCCAAGAGUCGCUGCAAGGCAGGAAGGUCGCCGUGUACAAGGGAGAGACGCCGUUCGAAGACGACUUUGCUCUGACGGGUCAUCAGGAGGAAAUCGCAGAGGUUCUUGCUCCGUUGCCGUAUGUGCCAAUCUUUGAGUGCGUGGGAGUCAAUUAUCUCAAGCACGUCCAAGAAGCCGGGGGCGAACCACCCAAAUAUCCCGUCAUCUUUAAGAAACCGGCAGGUCAGUCAACCUCUGAAUUCCUUAGCUGGUCUAAGAAAGGGCGAACCAUCAUAAGAUUGUCACAUAAACCCAAUCAUGCUGACGCAAUGUUUACGGCUGCAGACGCCCUCGCCGGUCCUUUUGAAGACAUACCCAUCCAUCCCGAAUGCCAGUCUCAGAUGGACUAUGAAGCUGAACUGUGUGUCGUGAUCGGCAAGGACUGCAAGAACGUGACUGCCGAGGAGGCCUUGAACUACGUGCUGGGAUACACGGCUGGAAAUGAUGUCUCUGCACGCUAUUGGCAAUGGCGCGAGCGGUCCGGCGGUCAACACGGCUCCGCCAAAGGAUUUGACAAGUUUGCUCCCAUCGGGCCCGUCAUAGUAUCGCCCAACGCCAUAGGAGACCCGCACGACUUGUGGCUCAAGACCAUCGUCAACGGGACCGAAGUUAGGCAACAAUCACGGACCGAUGAUCUGAUCUUCAAGCUGCCCGAGAUCAUAAAGCACCUCAGCCGAGGCACGACCCUCCGAAAAGGCACCGUCAUCAUGUCCGGAACUCCUAGUGGAGUGGCCGCGUUUAUGAAACCACCGGGAUUUUUGCAAGACGGAGACGUGGUGACCGUCGAGAUUGAGAAGAUCGGAAGGAUAGAGAAUAAACUUGUCUUUGAAAAGGCGAGUCUGUGA